AAACACCAACCACAUUCUUCUACAUCACUUCUCUGCAUCUAUUCAAUUGAAAUCAUCCAUCAUGUCGAACAUCAUCCACAAGGUCAAGGACGUGGUCACCGGUCACCACCACGAGAACAAGACCGAGAACACUUCCUCCGACAACCACGGUCCUCACAACUCCAAGAUGGCCAACAAGUUGGACCCUCGCGUCGACAGUGAUGCUGACAACCGUGCUCGCCACGAAGCCAUGGGCGGUGCCCAGGGCCCUCACGAGUCCAACAUGGCCAACAAGGCUGACCCUCGCGUCGACUCUGACCGUGACCACCGCGCUCACCCCACUUCCACUACCACCGGAGCUGGCUACGGUGGCAGCACUACUGCUGGUGGCUACAGCGGCAGCACCAACGCUGGUCCUCACAGCUCCAACAUGGCGAACAAGGCCGACCCCCGUGUUGACUCUGACCGCGACAACCGUGCUCGCCACGAAGCUAUCGGCGGAGCUCAGGGCCCUCACUCUUCCAGCAUGGCCAACAAGAUGGACCCCCGCGUCGACUCGGACCGUGACAACCGUGCUGCUCACCACUCUACCACCUCUACUGGCGCUGGCUUCGGCAGCAGCACUACUGGCACUGGUUACGGCAGCAGCACUACUGCUGGUGGCUACAGCGGCAGCACCAACGCUGGUCCUCACAGCUCUAACUUGAUGAACAAGGCCGACCCUCGCGUUGAUUCUGAUCGCGACAACCGUGCUCGCCACGAAGCUCUCGGCGGCGCCCAGGGCCCUCACUCUUCCAGCAUGGCCAACAAGAUGGACCCCCGCGUCGACUCGGACCGUGACAACCGUGCUGCUCACCACCACUCCACCACCUCGACCGGCGCUGCCUACGGCGGAGCCCCCACCGGUCCCGGCGCCUACGGUUCUUCCACCGGUGCCGCAGGCUACGGUGCCGGCCCGACCAGCUCCACCACCACCACCGGCUUCGGCGGCGGCAGCACCAACGCCGGCCCCCACAGCUCCAACCUGAUGAACAAGGCUGACCCCCGCAUCGACUCCGACCUCGACAACCGCGCCCGUCACCAGGGUAUGGCCAGCAGCAGCUACAACGCUGGAACCACCGCCGGCCCCCACCGCUCUGACAUGGCCAACAAGAUGGAUCCCCGCGUGGACUCCGACUUGGACAACCGUGGUACCCUUGGUACUCAGCGUGGGUUCUAAGUUGUUCCAGCAAGAGAGACACUUAGAGACAUGCAAAGACAUAAAGAAGAGGGGAAGUUGGGGAAAAGUUGAAGAAAUCGCUUUAUCUCUCGAUCCCUUCAUUUGUGUUUUCACCUAAUGAUGCUGUUAUGACCCGUUGAUAUGCCCGCCUACGUGCGCUUGCUUUGUUACCACUGUUGCUCUUGUUUGAUACCAAGCAAGUUUAAUGAUGCCCCUCUGUUUCUCUUUCCUUACCAUGUACUUUAUCAAGCUUGAUAUGCUAUCAACUGAAUC